GGUGGUGCUCUUUGAGUAUCGAGUCGUGAUUUUCAGGGUGAAAACCCAAGGUCUGGCCACUAUUAGUUGUGUCUGGCAGUGACCUUGUUGAAGGCAUUGUUUUGGAAACACGGUCUUUCUGCAGGGUGAAAACCUAUGAUCUUUGAUCGGGCAACGAUAAUGCUUGUGCAUUAUUUCCUUCUUGUGGGCGUUGUUUUUGGAGAACCUUCUUUGUAGUCUGAGUGUUGUCUUUGGUGGUGGUUAGAGUGCUGCUACUGCGGGUGAUUGGCCAUCAUGGCAGGGUCUUUUUUUUCUUUUCUUUUUUUUCUCUUUUCAUUUUCUUUCUUGGUUGUGUGCAUUCUGGAUGUUUUUAUACAUCUUGUUGAUGCAGAGGCCGGGUGUAAUUGGUAUCUGCUUCAUAUUAAUAUAUUCCCUCUUUUAAAAAAAACAUCUAAAACCGAAGAUCUGACGGCUGUGAAUGCUAACGGCCUAAGAGAGCUAGUAAGCUCAAAACAAUCUCCAAAAUGCCAACGCUAUCCAUCAGAGGCCACCGCUUUUCUGUCUCCCGCCGAGUCCACCUCCACCGUUUCCCUCUCCCCAGUCCCCAUGGCUGAAGAAGGCCGAGUCCGCCUAGUGCCCGACUCCUCUUCCUUUUCAGCUCAGACUUGUACCGCGACUUCGAUUCGAGAACGAAGUCGGAACCAAUCCCCUGCUCCAUGGAGGAGGAAGCUAUAAAGGUAAGCUGAUCCCCUCGAGUUCCUCCUCACAUCGCACCACGACGCCACGAAACUUAGCGCGCCGAAUUGAAUCGAAUCGAAUCGAGUCGAGCAUCUCGAAUCCGCGUCCCAUCCCAUGGCGAUCCACGGCGAGCCCUCUUCCUCCGAUGCGAGCGGGAAGAAGGACUACUCCAUGGCGAUUCUCGAGAGAAAGAAGUCGCCGAACCGGCUGGUGGUCGACGAGGCCACCGGCGACGAGAACUCCGCCGUCGCUCUGCACCCGGACACCAUGGACAGGCUGCAGCUCUUCUGCGGCGACACCCUCCUGCUCAAGGGCAAGAAGCGGAAAGACACGGUCUGCAUUGCGCUCCCAGACGACACAUGCGACAAGACCAAGAUCCGGAUGAACAAGGUCGUCAGGAAGAACCUGAGGGUCCGGCUCGGCGACGUCGUCUCUGUUCAUCAGUGCCCGGACGUCAAAUUCGGGAAUCGCGUGCACAUACUUCCCGUCGACGACACGGUCGAAGGAAUCACCGGAAGCAUGUUCGAUGCCUUCCUGAAACCAUACUUUCUCGAAGCCUAUCGACCCGUCACAAAAGGGGACCUUUUCCUUGUGAGAGGCGGAAUGACAAGCGUGGAGUUCAAAGUUGUCGAGACUGACCCUGCAGAGUAUUGCAUCGUUGCACCUGAUACAGAGAUAUUCUGUGAUGGCGAGCCUGUCAGGAGGGAGGACGAGGAGAAGCUGGACGACGUCGGCUACGACGAUGUCGGUGGAGUGAGGAAGCAGAUGGCCCAGAUCAGAGAGCUGGUUGAGCUCCCACUGCGCCAUCCCCAGCUUUUCAAGUCCAUUGGUGUGAAGCCUCCCAAGGGCAUCUUGCUGUAUGGGCCACCUGGGACUGGCAAGACCCUCAUUGCUAGAGCUGUGGCUAAUGAAACAGGUGCUUUCUUUUUCCUGAUCAAUGGCCCGGAGAUUAUGUCGAAGCUGGCCGGAGAAAGUGAGAGCAACCUCAGAAAGGCGUUUGAGGAGGCUGAGAAGAACGCGCCGGCCAUUAUCUUCAUCGAUGAGAUCGAUUCCAUAGCCCCAAAGAGGGAAAAGACCAACGGAGAAGUCGAAAGGCGUAUCGUUUCGCAGCUGCUCACUCUUAUGGAUGGGCUUAAAUCCCGUGCACAUGUUAUUGUUAUGGGUGCUACCAACCGCCCAAAUAGCAUCCACCCUGCUCUCAGAAGAUUUGGUAGGUUUGACCGAGAGAUCGACAUUGGGGUCCCUGAUGAAGUUGGACGGCUUGAGGUUCUCCGGAUUCACACUAAAAACAUGAAGCUAGCUGAGGAUGUUGAACUGGAGCAUGUUUCGAGAGACACUCAUGGGUAUGUCGGCGCUGAUCUCGCCGCCCUUUGUACCGAGGCUGCUCUCCAGUGCAUUCGGGAGAAGAUGGAUGUUAUAGACCUUGAGGAUGACACCAUAGAUGCAGAGAUACUGAAUUCUAUGGCUGUCACGAACGACCAUUUCAAGAUUGCACUAGGGACAAGCAACCCAUCUGCUCUUCGUGAAACUGUUGUUGAAGUUCCAAAUGUCUCUUGGGAGGAUAUUGGUGGCCUGGAGAGCGUCAAAAGGGAGCUGCAGGAGACCGUCCAGUAUCCCGUGGAGCAUCCGGAGAAAUUUGAGAAGUUUGGUAUGUCUCCCUCAAAAGGUGUUAUGUUCUAUGGACCUCCGGGCUGCGGUAAGACCUUGUUGGCCAAGGCAAUUGCUAACGAGUGCCAGGCUAACUUUAUUAGCAUCAAAGGACCGGAGCUGCUUACCAUGUGGUUUGGUGAGAGUGAGGCCAAUGUGCGUGAGAUUUUCGACAAGGCUAGGGGGUCAGCGCCAUGUGUCCUCUUCUUUGAUGAGCUUGACUCAGUUGCCACUCAGAGAGGGAACAGUGUUGGUGAUGCCGGAGGUGCCGCUGAUAGAGUGCUGAAUCAGCUUCUUACCGAGAUGGACGGAAUGAAUGCAAAGAAAACUGUGUUCAUCAUCGGUGCUACCAACAGGCCAGACAUCAUAGACCCUGCCUUGCUUAGGCCUGGACGCCUUGAUCAGCUUAUCUACAUUCCUCUGCCUGAUGUUGAAUCCAGGCUCCAGAUCUUUAGAGCCUGUCUCAGGAAGUCUCCUGUGGCCAAAGAUGUUGACUUGAAUGCUCUCGCCAAAUACACACAGGGGUUCAGCGGUGCAGAUAUCACUGAAAUCUGCCAGCGUGCAUGCAAAUAUGCCAUCAGAGAAAACAUUGAGAAGGACAUGGAAAAGGAGAGGCGACAGAAGGAAAACCCUGAAGCCAUGGAGGAAGACGAAGUGGACGAGGUCGCUGAGAUCAAGGCUGCUCACUUCGAGGAGAGCAUGAGGUAUGCACGCCGGAGUGUUAGUGAUGCUGAUAUUCGCAAAUACCAGGCCUUUGCUCAGACACUGCAGCAGUCCCGUGGUUUCGGUAGCGAGUUCCGAUUCCCUGACCAGCCGGCAGCAGGUGCAACCGCUGCGACCGAUCCUUUUGCAUCCGCUGCCACGGCAGCUGAAGACGAUGAUUUGUACAGUUAAAUCGUCUGCUGUGCAACUUAGCCCAAUUUAGUAAUUUCCUUGUUGUACUUAUUUAUAUUAUGCUGGCACCUGUAAGAAUGGGAAGACCAUGUAAUUAUUUUUACGUGCAUGUUGUGAUAUAUAAACUUUUUUUUUGAAUUUUCUGAGAUAUAUAAACUGAA